UACGGGCGCGCGCAAUACUUUUGUUGAUAUUUAUUUCAAUUCGGCAUAGAGAGCUGCUGCGUCGCUCUUGUCGCCGAUGACCACUGGCUGCUGAGCAGGCCCAGCAGAAAGCUAGCGCAGCUGUUGACAAAAGCAAAGUGGCGCACCAGCACUGAUUGACCGCCUGACUGCUCACGUAAGGCCUGUGUUGGCUGCCUAGCAGGUUCACUCUUGACUGACUGCCGAGCUGUUGGCCUCUGGUUGUUGUUGUGUGUUUGUUGUGCUUGGCUCUCGCCACGUUAUUUGUAGUCAGCAGCAUAUAGUAUUUCGCAUAUCCGUCUUCGUCUCUUGACUGUCGGAUGGCUAACAGCCGCCAGCCGUGGCUUUCAUAGCUCAGUGCGCUUCCUAACUUGAAGGUAACACACCGCCAAGCACGCGCAACGCGGCAUCGCACGAACAACACCAACUUACGGAACGGAACGUACGAUUUCGUCGAUGUCAACGACGAGUGCUCGUAUUUAUUUACAAAGUUACACGUAUCCACAUAUUUGCAGUAUCUGAUUGCCUUGUUAUCGCAUUGUCUCGUUGUCGCGCAUUGUCUAUUUGGUGUCGUGAACAAAAGCACAGUGCAACGCAGCGCUCGAACAAAAGACUAACCAAAAAUGGCAAGAACCUAAGCGAGUUGUGCGCGAAGUGUCUGUCUGGCAGUGAAAUAUUCUUGAAAUAUAAUAUAAUAUAAUAUAUGCACAGACGAGUUGCAAAAGUUUUGUGAGUUCUGUGAAGCUGUGCAGAGUGUUUGUCGUACGAAAAAAGUGUGACCCCAUAUCAAAGCAGCGCAUAACUAAGCGCUAGUAAACGCAUCAAAGCAACAGUUGCCGUCUGCUCGCCUUAGCCUCAAUGAUAACGUGUUGCUAAUUACCUCAAAUCUCAUCAGCAGCGAACCACGACGACAACGACGACGACAGCGGCAGCGGUAUUGAAACAAAAGCAACGCUAGCAGGCAAAAAAACAAAAGCCCGGCCAAGCCAAACCAAGCCAAGUCAGUCAGCCAGCCAGCCAACGAGCCCGCCACCCAACCAGCUGGCAGCAUCAACCAGCGAGCGUGUUAACUUAAUUAUUUAACAUUAGCUCAAAGCAAAUUAGCGCAGCAUCAGCGUUGCAGUCUUGUUGGCUGCGGCCAUAGCGGAGGCAGCAGCAGCAGCCAGUCACAGGCAUUUCGCGUCAACGUCGUGCCAAUGCAACUUCACCAUUUUCACAAAUGGGCCACUCAACCUAAAUUUUAACCAGACUUUGUUUACAGACAUACUCACAUACAUAUACACACGCGUACUCAGGCUUACGAAUUGGCUAAAUUAGUUUUUGUUGCGUUUGGUGCUGUGACUUUGCCUAAGGCUUUCCAAAAUUUUCGGUGCUUGUCAGCUUCCUGAUAUUUGUUGUUUGUGACUGUGCUUAUAAACGUCUUUCACACACACGCACAUCUCUAUAAGAGCACUAAUUACAUCUUAGUGGCGGCAAUCAUUUAUGGUUUAUUACAUCGCUGUUGCCGCAAACCGUUUGUUAUGCAAUGCCGCACUUCGAUGAGUCGUUCGUCAGCGAUUGUUCAUAUGCCGAGAGCCAACAUGUUAUCUCGUAUUCAUUGGAUCGUGGCAUGAAACUCUACCAGAGGCGCAAAUUGAAAUCGCCAAAAUUUUUCUAUACGCCCUAUCGACCGCGUGUGGUCGUGAAGAAUGUCAUUCAGUACAGUGCCAUCAGUUCUCCAUCCACACCCAACUCCUCGCUUUCCUCACAAUCAAAUCUUGUUUGUGCAGGUGGUGGUACGCCAUCGCCGAACACACCAUCCCCCGCCACACCCACUUCACAACAAUCCGCCAACACACCGCUGAGCGGCAACAGUGCGAUAUAUCAAGUACCAGGCGCCGGUUACGGUGUCUCAACGUCCGGUCAUAAGAACAGUCUAAAGGGUACGAAAUUGGCGCGCAGAGCGCGGUCUUUCAAGGACGAUCUAAUAGAGAAAAUAUCCAUGAUUCGCACACCAAACAAUACGCUGGGAAGAUCCCAUUCCCCGCACAGUCCACGUAGUAAGUCCAUGAAACCGCCAACGACCGCCGAAGAGUUAGCCGCAGCUGAGAGUCCACUGCAGACGCAUGUCAAGGAUAUUUCGAAUGCGCUGAAACAUUUUCGCGAUGUGAUAAUCAGAUCAAAACUGGAAGUGCUGCCGGGCAAUGCAACUGUUAUACUCGAGACAAUCGCCAGCAUGUACACCGUUAUACAGUCGUAUGCGUUGGAUAAGCACAGCAAUGUACUUCUGUCGGCGACACAACAAGUAUAUCAGUCACUGGGUAAAUUAGUGAAGCUUUGCGACGAGGUAAUGCUUAUCUAUGCCGCGCGCCGGAUCGACGACGAAGGUGUCGAAGAUAAUCUGCAAGACGAGCAUCAACAACUGAAAGCGCUGCUCAGCGAAGAUAAUGUAAAGGAGAUUGUUGAUUUACUUGGUGAAGCGGUGCGGAAUUUGGCGACGCUUGCGCAUCAGAAGCUGAAGGAGCGUGAGGAGAACGCUUUGAAGUAUGCACCAGACAAUGCCGUCGCAGCUGCAUUGGCUAACAAUGGCGCAGCCGUAUCGCUCAAUCAUCUAAUGCAUCUGCCGGAAGUGGCUGGCCAACGUACAUCGCUGCCUGACAUAACGCUAACACCGAAGGAACGUGAUAUUUUAGAGAAGACCAACUCGAAUCCCAUACGCGCUUCACACAGUACCGAGAGCAUUUUGCGCGACACGAGCCCUCCACCUAAACCACCGCUACCGAACAGGCCACCACCGCUGCCACCGAAGCGCCGCAAUCAACAGCAACAACCGAGUUUAAACAAUAAGAGCAUUAACUCGGAUUUCGACUGGAGUUCGGACAUUUCACUGGGCAACUAUGGCGCUGAUUAUAUCAGCAAUCUGUCGGUGGACUCACACUCGCCGGAUGAAAAUUCUAGUCAAUGUUCACUCGAUUCAGAGCUAAAUCAUUCACGCGAGGAGGGCAAUGGCUACAAUGACAGUCUGCUCGAUAACGAUGUUGAUAAAUUAAAUAUAUUAAAACCACUAGUAAGCGGUGGCAAGCGUGUUACGUUGAACAAUAAAGUGGCAUGCAACAAAGCAAUUGGCAGUGGUAAUGAAUCCACCAACACUACCGUUGUCACACAGACACAAAACGUGGCGACGGAGAAUACCAAACGGCGUGCUAUCGUCACCAGUUCAGUGGCUAGCGAUGGCGCGGAUGAGUGUGAUUUUAUUUUGCAAAGUGGCAACGGUAAUAAUGGCGCUGGUGGCAGCGCUUUGGAGAAACUGGAAAUGCGCAAAAAUACUAACAAUCGUCAUUCCAAUGAAUCGGGCUUCGUUUCUAUGACAUCGGUGCGCACAUCGGCACAGAGUGUAUCGAAACGUUCAUCCGAUUGUGGUUUUCAAUCGUCCACCAAGUCCAGUUCGAACUCUGAAAUUGCAUUCGAUGCCAUUGAAUCGUCAAGUAGUGGUGAAUUUCACACGCAAGCGCAAGAGUUUCACCAGCACACAACCAGUUCGACCAUGACGAGCGCCAUGUCAUCGACAAUGAUGGCCACAUCGACUAGCAUACUAAACAGUAUGUCUACAUUGUCGCAUGAGGCACGUUCGAUUAGCAAUACCAGCAGUAUCAGUCCCGAUCACUAUGAGAGCAGCGGUCUCCUGACCGAACGCUCAAUGCAUACCAGCAGUACUAGUCAUGUCACACAAUCGUCAUUUUCAUCGCUGGCAAAGGCUAGUAGUUUGGAUACAGCUUCAUCAUCGGAUGGCAUGGGUUCGCACAAUGAUUUGGUGCCACCUGCUUUGCCGCCAAAAACUAGUCGAAACAAAGAUGCGCGUAUAUUUUCGCAAUAUGAUAAUUUCGAUGAAAUCGACGAUCAUAAUGGCGAAAAACCCGAACUCCGCCCUCAUCAUCAUACCCACUACACCAGUUACAGCCAUCAUAAUCACUAUCAACAUCACGUGGCACCGUGGCAUCAAACGAAACAUCAAAGUCUACUCGACUCAAGACACUUGGUUAGCGGCUUUGUCAGCAGUUGCACGAGUAUUGGCGAUCUGGAGCAACCGCCACCGCUACCGGUGAAGAAAAAGCACAUGUUUCAAAGUGUGGCCUUCUCGGUUUUCGCAUACAUGGAGCUGUGCCAGGGCCCCCAUCGGCCCUUCGAUCGUCAUACGAUGCAUGUGCAGGAUCUAACGGGGAACAUUACGCACAGCCAGACAAUGAACAUUGUGCCACUACCAAAGGACUUAUCGCCACCCUCGGAGCAGGAAACGCCGCCCGCACUCCCACCAAAGAACUACAAACAGCAGCGCAAGUCCAGCGCUACACCGCCCACCAUUAUUACAACGCCACCACCUAGUCCAAAGCCCACACAUUUGAGUGCUAGUGCCGAUGCGGAGAAUGGGCGUCCAGCGCGCGUUAUAUCCGCCACACAGGGCAGUGAAAUGAUGUCCACCGUGUGUGAGGAGCUCGGCGAUCUAACCGAAGAGGAACAAGCGUCACUCCGUCACUCGCACCAGCUGCCCAAUGAGAAUUGUCACGACAAUCAUGUAACAAGUAGGCAUUCACCACUACGUCGCGCCGACACACAUGAGGGUACGCCCGGCAGCAGAUCGGAGAGCGCUGGUGAAGAUCAAUUAUUGCAGAACAAUAGCUUUACUGAUGAUAAGUGUGGUGAGUUGCAAACGGUGCCACAGGAUGAAUUGCCAAAAAUGCUGGAAGAAAUUGACGUUACCAAGUAUUUGGUGCUCAAACGAAAGGAUGAAGAUGGACCGGAUAUAAAGGGCGGCUAUAUUGAUGCAUUGAUUGUGCAUGCGAGCCGCGUGCAGAAUGACAAUGCAUUCAUUGAUGCCUUCAUCACGACGUUUCGCACCUUUAUACAGCCGAUCGAUGUGAUUGAAAAGCUAACCCAUCGCUAUACAAUAUUCUUCUGUUGCCAAAACGAUCACAAACAACGCGUUGCCCGUGAGACAUUCUCACUACUUAUGAGAGUAGUCGAUGGCUUAACGUCAAUGGACCUGACAGAUCAGCUCUUGGCUCUCAUAGUCGAAUUUAAUUAUCAGCUGGUAUGUGCCGGCCAAUUGUAUUUAGCGAAAACGUUGCGCAGCAUAUUUGUAGAGAAGGUGACGUUAUUCCGGGAACAACGUUUGCCACCACCUAAAGCCGAUAUGCAUAUCACCGUCACCAAUCAGCCCAGCCUACUCGAUCUCAAAUCGGUAGAGAUUGCCGAACAAAUGACACUACUCGAUGCCGAUCUAUUUCAGAAGAUCGAAAUACCCGAAGUAUUGCUCUUUGCCAAAGAACAGAGUGAAGAGCGUUCGCCCAAUUUGAAUAAGUUUACCGAACACUUUAAUAAUAUGUCAUUUUGGGCACGUUCGAAAAUUCUCACAUUAGGCGAUGCCAAAGAACGUGAAAAACAUGUUAUUAAAUUCAUAAAAAUUAUGAAAUAUUUGCGAAAAAUGAAUAACUACAAUUCGUAUUUGGCUUUAUUAUCAGCGCUCGAUUCGGCGCCCAUACGGCGACUGGAGUGGCCCAAGACUAUAACGCAAGACAUUAAGGAAUAUUGCCUGCUGAUCGAUUCUAGCUCCAGUUUUCGAGCAUAUCGCACUACUUUAGCUGCAACAAGUCCACCCUGUAUUCCGUAUAUUGGUCUAGUCCUGCAAGACUUAACAUUCGUACAUGUUGGCAAUCCAGAUUAUUUAAAGGAAGGCGUCGUCAACUUCUCUAAACGUUGGCAGCAAUAUCACCUAAUAGAGAAUAUGAAGCGCUUCAAAAAAUGUGAGUACAAUUUCCGCCGCAAUGAGCGCAUUAUACGUUUCUUCGAUAACUUUGAAUAUGAACUGGGUGAGGAGGAGAUGUGGCAAAUAUCGGAGAGCAUAAAACCGCGGGGCCGACGUCCUGUACAAGCAUAAAAUGUUUGCGCAACGGAAACCGUACAUUCACAUAUCCUGAAGGAAUACUCAAUUAUCAGCAAAGAAAUAAAGAAAUUAAAAACAAAAUGAAAAAUGCACGCAAUGUAAUAGAAUUACUAAUAUGCAAACUAUAUUCUUCAGUGCUGGCAGAAACAUAGCAUUAUAUGAGUGUAAAAGCAGCAAAGGAGAAAAAUAAACAUAAAACACAGCUAUAAAAUAGUAAUAUACAUAUAUACCAAUGCACAGUUAUAUUGGAUGCACACUUGCUAUCAUCAUACAUACAUAUAUAACUAAAAGCAUAGUGAUAAUCACCGCAACGCGCACUCAUUGAAAGCACAUCUUAUGCUGACAUUAGCAAAAAUUAUAAUGUUAUGCAAACCAAACAAAAUUGCACAUAAGUUCAAUUUUGAGAAGUAGUAAAUUGCUUUAAAUUAACAGAAGCUUAUGAAAAAUUUAGAAGCAAAACAAAAAAAUCAACUCAAAUGUUGUAGAGCAACCAAAUACCAAACCAAACUUAACUUGCACCGACACAAACACAACGAAAUUUUAUUAUAUUAUAUAAUUAUAUGUAUUGCAUGUUUUUGUACACCUUAUUAGUUUUCAAAUAUGUGAAAGAAUUUAACUGUCUCUCUUUAACAGUGAUGAGCAGUCGAUAGGAACGCCGUGUUUCAUAAAACAAGCAAUCAAGUAAUUUGUUUUUAUAUAUUCAUGUAAAGUAACAAUAAAUCAACGAUAAAUUCAUAAACCGUCAAUAUGUAUGUGAAGAGUUGUCGAAACGAGCGCUUAGCGUAAACAAAAACGAAUGAACUUUAAAAGUAACAAAAAAUGUUUUUAAUUCUUAUGCAACUUGAAUCUUUUGAAUAAUAAUUUUUAUCAUUAGAAAGCAGUGUUAGUGUGCUAGUAAUGUGUUUGUUUGCUAGCAGCCUGUUUUCGCACAAUUAUCUCAACAAAAUGGGUUUGCAUAUGCUUUUAAAUGGUACUCUAUAAUGAGUUGUUUACAUUUCAAAAAAUAUAAAAAUAUUGCAGUUUGCAUUAAGCGCAUUUAUAAAUAUAAAUCGUCUGGUUUUUAUCAACUAAACAUUUGUAAAGUAUAAUGUGAAAGCAGUGUAUUAUAAAUCCCGUUAAAAUUUCUAGAAAAAAUAUUAUUUUUGAGAAACAUUUAUAAAUCCCAUUUCAAUUUCUAUAAUAUUAAUUAUUUAUCAAAAAAAGUCUUUUUUACUGCUUGCUGUUUCUGUUAAUGAUUUAUUAUAUAAAACCGUUUCAAAAUUGUAAUUUUCCUUACUACGUAGAAAUGUGUAAACAAUCAUUUUAUACACUGAAUAUAUUGAAAAAGUAAUUUUAUGGUAAUCAACUAUUGUAUACUUUGUAAAUAAUUACCUUACUUGCAUAAAUAUCUUAUACAUACUAGCAAUAUGUAUUAAUAAGAUUAAGUUAGUGCAGGCAGUGUUGUAAAUAUAAAUUGUUACUACUUUCUUUAACUAAAGAAUUGAAAAAAAACUAUGAAAGUUUAAACAUUUUUCAAUUCUUAUUUAGAAUCUUUGGCGCACGAAUACAAAUUAUUUUUAUAACCUUAAAAUUAAAGUCAACCAUACUCUUGGGCAAAAUAUUAAAGUGAUAGCAUAUUUUUAAAUGAAAAAUUAAAAUAUUCAAAUAACUGUUGGAUUUAUAAUAGAGUAUACUAGUUAUCCAGUUUUUAAUAAUUCACAAAUACUAUUUCUUCAUUUUUCUAAUCAAAAAUUGAUUUCACAAAAUACUAAGCUGAAAUUUGACUAUUAGGCUGUUCACCAUAAGGUGGUUAUCGGGUUAUGUGGUUAUUAAUAUAAAAAUAACAUCCGUGAGCACGCUAUGCAUGGUUAUUUGCUUAUUUUUACACAAACAGCUGUUCAUUGUUUACAAUUUUAGUUCAAUGAAAUUUCUACUUAUAAGAUGUCUAAACAAAGUUUAAAAAGCAAAAUAAUCGAAUUUAAAAUUAAAAUUAAUUAAUUUAAAAUUUUGUUUGUGCGCCAUAGAAUUUAAAAUAGUCCAAAAAUUAUCUGCAUCCACAAGCACUGCUAAAACUAUGCUACACACUAAACUAAAUGAAUAUAAAGACUGUCUUAGGGUAUAAAAUAAAUAAUUGCACUGCAACGUACUGGGCGAGAAUCCGUUAUGCUUUGCUGUGGUUAAAAGAAAAUAUGGUGCAGCGUAUGAUGUAAACACUGCUAACUUAUAUUACAAAGUUGGUAUUGGUAUUCUACAUUUGUUUAUGAAAUGAGUAGUAGAAAAGCUGAAGAGUUUGCUUUUUAUAGAAAGCAAAAAGUACAUUUAUACACAUAUAUAGAACAACAAAAAUAAAUUGAAAAACACUGAUAAAAUGCAUUUGUAUAAUUUUUAGGUUAUAUCUAUACGAUGCAAUAGAAGUGCUGCUAUCGUUUGUAAAAAUACAACACUUUAAAUUAUGUAAAAUGAUAACAAUAUUUAGUUGCAAUAUAUAUUUUGUAUAAUAAUUUCACACAAAACUAUUUAUAAAUAAGGUAUAUCUAAAUAAGCAAAACAUCUACUGUAUAAAUAUAGGUAUGCAUGUAACAAAUGAAUAAUAUAUGGUAUUGCAAAUCGGAACUUUUUUUGUUUCAAACGUGCUAUGGUAGCCACAAUCUUUUUUCAUGCAUUUAUUUCUUCAUUCAUUUUCAUAUACUUUUUCUUAUACUAUCUCUCUGUACUAAUUCUUGUAAAAAUGCUUAUGUGCCUAAUAUAGUAUAUAAAAAAUCUUAUAUAUGUACUUUUAAUUCUACACAACUAAUUAUAAAUUUUCUUCUCUAUUUUUUAUUGUUAAUUAAAAACAAAAAAAUAUUUAUUUUCUAUUUUAUCCUUUUUUUCAAAUGAGCUUAUGAGAAAUUGUCAUGUGAAAUAUCUCUUUCAUUCGGUAUGUUUAAUUGUAGUGCAAUUUCUAUUAACAUUUAAGCUAAAAAAAUCAUAUAAUAAAAGGUAUAUGUAUAUGUAAAUGUCAAAGAAUAGCAUAUGUAUUAGCAACUACUCAUGAAACAUACAAAUAAUGUAUCAUGUAUAACAUUGCAGUGAUCCACAUUAAUGUUUGUAAUUAUAAAUUAAGUAUGAAUUAAUUUUAUCUUAAUAAUAUUAAAAAAGUAAAACUGAAAAUAACUAUAAAAAACUAUUUAUGAAAUUACUUUACAAAAUAAAUGUAUGUACACAUAUUUUCCUUCGAAA